CUCAGGACCGCCUCUCGGCGGCGGCAGAGGCGCGAUGGCCGACCACAGCUGCUCUCCUCGGGCGUCUAGCCCGCGGGGCUCCCCUCGGCGGGAGCCCCGAGCCCCUACCGCAGCGGGGCUGGGCAGCGGGGAGACUCCGCGGACAGCGGCUCUGGCACUGCGUUUUGACAAGCCCAUCAAACAGGCUUUCUAUAACACGGGGGCAGUGCUGUUCGUGUGUCUGUGCUGCGGCGCUGCGGUGCUGGUUUACUUCAUCCUCGAGGCUUUCCUGCGACCGCUGCUGUGGGCCGUGUUGUGCGGAACCUUCCUGCACCCUUUCAAGAGCUCGCUGACGCGUCUGGGUCGCCACUGGCUCCAGCGCCUGCACCGCGCUCACACGCCCAUCGUGCUGGGCGCGCUGCUGCUGCCGCUCUGCUUCGCCGACUACGGUGUAGAGGCCCUGGGUGAGCAGGCGCUGCGCCGCCGCCGCUUGCUGCUCUUCCUGGGCGCGGGCGGCCCGUUGCUCUACGGCCUUUACUGCCUCGGCAGCUACCUGGGCGUGCAGGUGCUGCUGGCACACGCUGGCGUGCUCAUCUGCCGCGGGCUGGACUACUUCAGCAGCCUGUGGAUCUGGACCUUGGUAGUUGGCUAUGUGUUGACUGUUUCAUUGAAGUGGAAUUCAAGCACUGAACGCUACUUGAGAGCAGUUUCAAUUCCUGUCUGGAUUAUAUUGCUUUUUCAUUUAGCAUCCCUGGCUGGCUCGUGGAGAAUUCCAGUAUUCUUGGUUAUUGUUUUCCUGAUGUCUGUGGGCACCCUCUAUGAAAAACAGAAUGAACAAGAGUCUGCUGGGGCAGAAUUACCAGGGCAAGUAAUCUCCAUGGCAGCUUCUACUCUAGCAAACUUGGCCAUCUCCAUCACGGGGUAUGAGUCAGGCAGUGAAGACCAGACCUCCCCUCAGCCUACAGAAACCACAGACAAGAGAGAAUCCCCUCCGACACUGUCCACUUCUUCAUCCUCCUCCCCUUCCUCCCCUUCCUCCCCUUCACCUACUCUGGGCAGACAAAGGCCUGAGAUUGGAACAUCAUUUCUGAGAAAGAAGAAAACCAGCGACAUCUACUUUGUGUGCCUCGUCUGGGCCAUCAUUGUUGUCCAGAUCUGGUUGAACCUGUGGAUUGUGCAGUUGCUGCCUGUACCGAUUGCAGUGUGGAUAAUCAAAAAGCUUGUUAUUCACUUUGGAGUUGUGGACUUCUUGGAGAAACGCUGCCAUGUAUGGUGGCAGGUCAUCGAGUGCUUCCUGAAGGAGCGGCAAGAGGCUUUAGCACCAUGGCCAAUCAUUGGGCUUGGGAAAUUCUUAUUAAAAAUUGACAGCAAGAUGAUCAUCUGGUUGGAGAAGAUGUUAGAUAAAAUAAUUAGCAUUUUCAUCAUAUUUUUGCUAGUAAUAGGAACCCUUCUUUUAGCUCUUCUUCUGACUGCAAAGGUACAUCAAGAGAGUGUACACAUGAUUGAAGUCACAAGUAAUUUGAUUAAUGAAACUCUAGCAAAUCACCCUGAGUGGGCAAAUUGGCUUCCUGAAGCUCAAGUGGUCCAGAGAGCCCUAAAUUCUGCGGCAAACAAUGUUUAUCAGUAUGGACGAGAAUGGAUAACCCACAAGCUUCAUAAAAUUCUAGGAGACAAGGUGAACAAUACUGCUGUAAUUGAAAAGCAAGUACUAGAACUCUGGGACAGAUUGUAUCAUUCUUGGUUUGUAAAGAAUGUAACGCAUUCUGGAAGACACAAAGGACACAAGAUGCAUGUAAGCCGUCAGAACAGCUGGCUGGGAGACAUUCUGGACUGGCAGGAUAUUGCGUCCUUUGUUCACGAGAACAUUGAGACGUUUCUUUCGAUAUUAUCUUUUGGCUUCCAAAUAUGGGAGAUGAAGAUCUUGGAGUCCCUGUGGAUUGUUAUGAGCCGGAAUGUGAGCCUGCUAUUUACCACGGUCACCACGCUCCUAACCAUCCUUUUCUACAGUGGCACUGCCCUCCUCAAUUUCGUGCUUUCUCUGAUAAUUUUCCUGACCACACUAUUUUAUCUGUUAAGUUCCAGUGAUGAGUACUACAAGCCAGUGAAGUGGGUGAUAAGCCUGACACCACUGUCUCAGCCAGGUCCAUCUUCUAAUAUUAUUGGCCAGUCUGUGGAGGAAGCUAUCAGAGGGGUGUUUGAUGCUUCCCUCAAAAUGGCUGGCUUCUAUGGAUUAUAUACCUGGCUGACUCACACUAUAUUUGGCAUCAAUAUUGUCUUCAUACCAUCAGCUUUAGCAGCAAUCCUUGGAGCAGUGCCCUUCCUGGGGACAUACUGGGCAGCAGUCCCUGCAGUUCUAGACUUGUGGCUGACACAGGGAUUAGGAUGCAAGGCCAUUCUGCUGUUGGUUUUUCAUCUCUUGCCAACUUACUUUGUAGAUACUGCCAUCUACUCUGACAUAUCAGGGGGUGGCCAUCCAUACCUGACAGGUUUGGCAGUGGCUGGAGGAGCUUAUUACCUAGGCCUGGAAGGAGCAAUUAUUGGGCCCAUACUUCUCUGUAUACUUGUGGUUGCUUCCAAUAUCUAUAGCGCCAUGCUGGUGAGCCCUACAAAUUCAAUGCCCACACCAAGCCAGACACCAUGGCCAGCUCAGACUCAGCGGACUUUCCGUGAUAUCUCUGAAGAUCUGAAAUCUUCAGUAGACUGACAUGGUUUUCCUGCAGUGAUUUCUGUAGGACAUUCCACCUUGACCGUGAGUUCAGCUCAGCUCUGGCCUUCUGUCCUUGCAGCUGUUCCUGGCAGGAAGAGGCCAGGCAGAGCCCAGGAAAGAAAGAGAAUCUCCAGGCCUUACAAACAGAGCCUACAGGAGCCCCCAACAAGAGAGAACUUGCUGUGGGUGCUUUACAUUGUAAAACACAGCUGGAGAGCUCAGAAGUGUGCUUUGCUCCCUUCACCGUUGCUAAGAUGACUUGAAAAGUUUCAGAUUAUGCACUGGUACCAUGGCUUGACAUUUUUCCACUUUGAUUAUGUUUGUUACUAUGAUAUGUAUUUAUAAAGUUAUUUUAAGAACUCUAAACUACCUGCUGUUAAAAGUAUAUACAAUAUAAUUUUCUCCACUUUAAGAAAUCUAUUCUUAGCCUUUUCUAUGACACUUUCCAACAAAGAGUAUGUAGUUAUGUGAGCAGGAAAAAUGAGUCUUCUACCUUUUUUGCACAACGCGCCAUACCUUCUUUCACAAAGUGAACCAAUCUGAAGUGUAAGAGUGGUAUGAAUAGUUGAUAUUCAGCUGUAACCAGAAGAAACACAGAAAUGCUGAUGCUCUCCUCCCCUUCCAGCUCCCUCUGUGCUUCACUACAGUAUUAUCAAAAUUCUAAACUUGGCUGACCACAUUAUAUUAAAAUACUUAAGCUGCUAUGAAUGGUAACAAUAUGAUAGAAUUCAUGUUAUCAUUGAAUUUUUAAUUUUAAAUAUUUUAGGUUAAAAAAAUCUCAGGUGUUGUAGUGGAACUCUGAUUUGUUAAAUGUAUCCCUAUUAUUUGGAACUCCACCACUUAGAUAUUUAGCAGUAUCUUAUAUUUUCUGUCACUUCACACAGUGCCUUGCACAUAUGACUCGAGAUGUAUGCUUGCUGAAUUGAACUGUAACUUUUAAAAUAUCUCAGAUAUUACAAUAAUCAGCAGAAUGCUUUACAUUUUUUACAGUUCCUUUUAUGCAUAUUAGUUCAUACCUCUUCCCAUCUGCUUUCAUGUAGCUUUCUAUUAUUUUACAAAGUUUUACAAUGAUGGCAAACCCCAACGUUCAGCAGGGUGAUGACUUAAAAGACUCACAGGUUUAGUGAGAUUUGGUCUUGUAUCCUUCUGACUCCAUAGUCUACAAAUUCUGCUAUACUAUAGAACAUUUCUUCUUGAUUUUAGGCAGUUUCCCCUAUACUGUGAGCUGGAAUAGAAGUUGCUGUCUAUGUGUAAUGAAUGAACGCUAUUGAAUAGUUAACAGUAUUGAGGUUCUAACCCAGCUCUUAGUGUUGUGUCCUUUCAACUGUUUCAAACAGUCAGCAGGCCCUUCCUGUGUUCUUAAAGGACUGUGGAGUGGAAAGUGCUUUUUGGAAAACAUUUACAAGUAGAAAUAGCUGGGAGUGAUUGGUCUAUGCCUGUAAUCCCAGCACUUGGGAAACUGAGGCAGAAUUGUGGCGAGUGUGAGGCCAGCAUG